ACUGGCUGCCACGUCUUGAUCGGUCUUGACGCUGAACUGGGGGGGUGUGCUUGUUCCUGAGUUGCAAGUUCUAUAAUACAUUAUUUAUACGUUCUUCGAGCACGAAUUAAUAAUUAAUAAUAAUAAUUUUAACCGAAAUAUUUGAAAUGUUCCUGGCUUGUUUGAGUUGGUUUUGCACUUCGCUGCUAGUGUUUGUCAACGGAGGAAAACUUCCAGAAGCAGAGGUGAAAAUCACAGUUCUACACAAACCUUUUCUCUGUCAUCGCAAGUCGAAAUACGGAGAUAUUCUGCUUGUACAUCACGAGGGAUAUCUAUCUAAUGGAACCAAAUUCCAUUCCAGCUACACCCAGGGGGACAAGCAGCCUGUAUGGUUUACCCUGGGUAUUAAAGAGGUGAUCAAAGGAUGGGAUAAAGGCCUACAAGGAAUGUGUGCUGGGGAGAAGAGACGCCUCAUCAUUCCUCCUGCACUGGCUUAUGGGAAGGAAGGGAAAGGUAAGAUUCCCCCAGAGGCCACACUAACCUUUAACAUUGAGGUGAUUGAGAUCAGGAACGGACCCAGGUCACAUGAGUCUUUCCAGGAGAUGGACCUCAACGAUGACUGGAAGCUGUCCAAACAGGAGGUGAAGGAGUACCUGAAGAAGGAGUUUGAACGUCACGGUUACCCACCCAAUGACACCCACCACGAGCAGAUGGUGGAGGACAUCUUUAAGAAGGAGGAUGAGAACGAGGACGGAUUCAUUUCUUCCAGAGAGUUCACGUACAAACACGAUGAACUUUAACAUCUAACACUCGUACUUAGGUUGCUUUUCAUUUAGGGUCAGUGUUGGGGACGUUACAGAAAAACACCAAUAUUUUUUGUUUAGAGCCAUUACUUCUUUAAACGUUUACAAAUAUUGCCCCCUUUUUAAAAAGUGAUAGGUUACACUUCUAAUUUUAUUACUAGAGUGAUAGAUCUCCAAAUGUUGUUUAAUGAGAACUGACAAAAUGACAGCAGCGAUCAACAAAAACACUAAACCCUCAAAUGUCUGUUUCCAUCUAAAUUGUGCAUUCUGAAUAGACUGUGUCAGUAUUUCAUGAAAUUCAGGUAUCAUGAAAUUACAUGAUCGUUUGUCUGUUGGACAAGCUGUGCAAAUUGUGCUGAUAGUGUGUGUCUGUGUGUGUGUGAUAUUGUUGGAACAGUUUAUUAAGGGUUUGUUUAUAAACUGCUAACAAUCAGUUAUUUUUUGUUCUUUUUUAUUUAUAGCGCUCCGCUUUUUCUGCUCUGAACAUAUAGUCUGGAAUAUCAAGUUCUAUUGAAUGUUUGGUGAUAGAGAGAGGCAUAAUAACAGUAUCUCUGUUUACAAUUUUUUUGGAACAAUCACUCAUGAUUGAGGGGGGUAGGGAUUUCAGUGGUGGCUGACAGACACUGUCCCCUUGUUUAAUGAUUAAUUGAGAGAUAUACAUUAAAAGAGUGUAUGUAGUGUGCUGUUCAA